AUGUUGCGAAUUUCGCUCAUGCCCGACUUCAACCGAUGGCGCAGGAACCGCAACACUGGCGACAUGUCGGUUAUGCCCUGCGUCUUGCUGUACACAAACUGCUACGUGUUACUGUACUACGCGUACGCUAUCGACGAUAUGCUGCCAUUGUUCGCGACGUCCGUACUUGGCGUCGUGGUAGGAGGGAUCUUGGUCUUCUAUUUCUACAAAUGGACGGACUACAAGCGCGCUACGAUGAAGAUCUUCAUCGGGUCUUUCAUUAUCUGUAUCGUUGUGACAAUCUACGGCUCUCUCGCUCUUGCCGGUGAAACGGGGCAGACUAGAGACGCAGUGGGGACGACCUUUGGGUUUAUUGGUGUAAUGACCACGAUCACUAUGUAUGCGUCCCCGAUGGCUACAAUUGUGAAUGUGGUCCGGACGAAGACGGCGUCUUCAAUGCCGUUCACAAUGGGAGUCGUCGUCGUGUUUAACAGCUUUUGCUGGGGAUUUUACGCCGUUUGA